AAAAAAAAAAAGUCCCCGUCCCAAGCUCGCCGCAGGCUUCAUUUACUGCAAAGACAGCCAGCCUCACUUUAACUUGAUUUCGCGCUGUCGAUUAAAAUACCCACGAAUCACACUAAUUACGACUGGAUCAAAGGUCAACAUGACGACUGACUGGAGCAAGCUCACAGUCGUUGACCUACGUCAAGAGCUCAAGCGCCGCGGGCUCUCUCAGGCUGGGAAGAAGGCCGACCUUGUCGAACGCUUGACUGUCGACGACCAGGAGGCCCAGGUAUCUCAACAAGAAGGAGACGCGCCCCCAGAGGCGGAGCAGGAGGAGGACAAAGAACAGGACAACGAAGAGGUCAAGGAACAGAACCAGGAAGCAGAGGCCACCAGCGCACAAGCCGUUGAGACCACAGCCGAAGAUGAAACCACAAAGAGCUCCGGCAGCCCUGUCCCGUCGCCGGUGAAAGCUCCUUUGCAAGAACCGCAGCCCGAAGCUCCCUCUGCAUCCCCGGCUCCUGAGCCAGUUGCUCCCGAAGAGAAGACGACUACUGCGCAUGACGCCACACAAAUAGAACCGGACGUCAAACAAGAGAAAUCAAACGAGCCGACAAGGGAGUCCGCUGCAGAAUCUGCGCCCGAAGCAAACAAUAUUCCUGCGAUCAGAAACGACACAACUGAAGAAAAGGAAGAGAAGGUUGAAGAAAGCAAAAGCGGAUCUGUACCUGUGGCUCCUGAACUCACUAGCGAUACGCCUAGCAGAAAGCGCAGAUCUCGCAGUCCCCCUCCGGAGGAAGAAACGUCUAGGAAGCGUGCGCGCCCUACCGAGCAAGAAGACGAAGAUAUACGCAUGAGUGGACUUGAAAGCCAAACCGACGAAACAGUGCUACCCCUCGACGACGAGCAGGGUGCCAAAGACGCUUCUUACGCCACAAUCCACCCCGAGAUUCCCCUCGCAGCCGACUCAGAGAAAGUUUCUGAGAUGCACGAAGCGCCACAGCACCGCCAAGCUUCCGAGCCGCGCGAUUUGAACGAUGGCGAUCAAGAGGAGGAGUCUCGCGACCGUGUACAGACCGAGGCUGACCUCAAGCAACGAUCCCCCGAACGGGCGGCGCACGAUCGGAGCGCUGUGAAGUACGACGCCGAUAUGGACAUUGACGAGCGAGAUGUUGCCCCCUCCGAACAUCCUGCGACCCAAGCGCUAUACAUUAAGAACUUCAUGAGGCCGCUCCGCUCCGAAUUUGUUCGUGAAUAUCUACAAGGGCUCGCCGCGCCCCCGGGCAGCCUGCCGGAUCCUGACUCCAUCCAAGAUUUCUACCUCGAUCAAAUUCGCACCCACGCUUUUGUCAGCUUCACCUCCGUCGCGGCUGCCUCGCGCGUUCGUGUCGCUCUCCACGGAAAGAUUUGGCCUAAUGAGCGGAAUCGAAAGGAGCUGUGGGUGGAUUUCAUCCCUCCCGACCGGGUGAACGAGUGGGCGGAGACGGAGCAGUCCGAAGGCGGCCGCGGCAAUCUCGCCAGGUGGGAAGUUCGCUACGAACGUGACGAAGAGGACGGCAACAUCACCGCCCGCCUCGUCAACGCCGAGCUCGAGCCGACGCCAGCCCUUGUAGCCGCUGCUGCUUCCGGUACCCGCGGAUCAGUAUCCUCCUCAGCACGCGAGCCCCUCCCCCCUCCAACCAUCCCCUCCGGCCCCGCCUCGGGCCGCCAGCAACAACAUCCCGGUGUCGAAGGCGCGCCCUCAGGCCCCCGUGGCCGUGGCGGCCGCGUGCCCCAGCCCGCACUUACGGGCGACGAAAUGAAGGCGACCCGCACCCACCCGUCGCUGCUCUACAGGCCUGUUAAUGCCGAGCUUGCGGAGCGCCGUCUGCAAAACAUGCGGUCGUUCUACACCCGCGAUCGCCACCGCGACAUGGGCCGGGAGGACGAGAUCAACCGGUACACGUUCGAGGACAACGAUUCGUUUGUCGAUCGCGGAAAGGAGGUGUUUGUUGGGAUUAGGCCGCCACAUCGCGAGGCGGAGCGUCGUCGUGGUCGCAUGGGUGGUGGCGACGGCGGUCGUAGCGGGCCACCUCCCCCUCCUUUUGGCCGGUCUCGUGGUGGUGAUCGGUAUCUACCUGGUGGGGGUGGAGGACGCGAUGAGCCGCCGCCGAGGAGAGGCGGCGGUGGCAGUGGAGAUGAACCUAGGUCGAGAUUUGACGGCGCGCCAUUGCCUACGUUUGGAGGUGGACCUCCUAGGAGACGGAGACGCGGCCAUGGUGGUGGUGGUGGUGGUGGUGGUGGUGGAGGCGGCGGUGGGUUCCGAGGUGAUCGAUACUAGAGGGAUCGAUACUAGAGGGCCUCCCUACCUGUUAUCCAGUCCUCUGUCUUUCGCCCGGUGUCUUACAAAGAGGAAAGAGAAAUAAGAACAAAGGAGCGGCGUCUGGGACGCUCGGCAUUUAAUUUGUUCCCAGUACAGCCAGUAAUGUGGUUCACAGAAGUCGCCUUUUUGAUGGUCUUCCUGGCAUGUGCAUGAAGCAAAAAAAGUGCUUUGCGCAUGGCCUGCAGGACAGGGGGUCAGCAUCGCGGGACGGACCCUGAUACACAAGAAAUAUUCUACACUGUAAAAACAUAGAAAUGUAUGGAUAGAUAGCAGGAUAAGCAGCGCAUGGAGGGGUUGAUGCAUCCUUCCAAUUGAGGGUGCGAAGGUACCUAUACCGGUUACCAGGUGAAGAAGGCUAAGCGAAGAGCGGAGACCAAGAUUACAGUAAAAAGAAGCAUUAGUAUAAAAGCAUUCCACU